AUGAUAGAAACCGGCGGAGAGAAACAGAGCUCCGUCGAGGAAAGUGGAUGUGGGCGUACGAUUCUUGUCGGCGUGAAGCUAGACGCACCGAGCAGAGAGUUACUCACUUGGGCUUUGGUUAAAGUCGCUGAGCCUGGCGAUACAGUCAUCGCUCUUCACAUCCUUGGAAAUGAGAUUGCGGAUCGAGCAGGAAACUCUUCGCUUCUCUCCUUGGUGAAAACUUUCGACUCUGUUCUUGACGUCUAUGAAGGUUUCUGCAAUUUAAAACAGGUGGAUCUGAAGCUAAAGCUAUGCCGUGGCGCUUCGGCUCGAAAGCUCAUAGCUCGAGAAGCGAAAUCGUUCUCUGUAUCGAAAGUCUUAGUUGGGAUUUCAAAAAGCCACCACACGAUUCGUUCGUCAGCUUCCGUUGCAAAGUACUUAGCCAAGAAACUACCGAAAGAUUGUUGGGUUCUUGCUGUAAACAAUGGUAAAAUCAUGUUUCAGAAAGAAGGCUCUCCAUCAUCAAACAUUAAGCAUUCUCAAGUUAAGGAAGAUGUUAGGAGGAACACUUUGUUGAGUGUGCUUCAAAGAUCUGUUACAUUGAGUAACAAGACUACUAAAGUAGUUAACCAUUCAGAGGAGGUUUUGAAGGAAGAAGAUGAAGAUCAGUCUUGUGGACAGAGUCUACAGCAAGCCUUAGCAGCUACUCGUUUAGAGAAUUGCUCGGUUUGUGGCUCGGAUUCUUUAGCUCCAUAUGAUAAAGCCACUCUUGGAAAGUUAUCUGAUGAUGAUGAUGAUGAUGAGUGUCACAAAGAAAAGGAGGUUGUAGAAGAAGAUUCAGGUAGUUCUAUAACUAUGUUGGUUAGGAGAUUGCCUGAGUCUAGACCAGGUUGGCCUUUGCUUCGCCGUGCUGUUUCUUCGUUAGGACAGUCCGUUACCACUUCCUCGAAAUCGAAACAGAUACCGGUUGUUCAAUGGGCCUUGAAGCUUCCUCCAAGGAAUAGUGAAUCUUCUGAAGAUGAUUUGUCAAGCUCAAAUGCAAUUGUUCCCAUCACUGAUGAAAACAGUCCAAGAAAGCUCCCUGAGGAAUUAGAAGGACUUUACGAGAGAUUCUCAUCAACUUGCCAGUUUUUCAAGUACAAGGAACUUGUUUCAGUGACAUCAGAUUUCUCCAAUGAUAAUUUCAUUGGGAGAGGAGGGAGCAGCCGGGUUUUUAGAGGUUGUUUGUCCAAUGGAAGAGAGGUUGCUGUGAAAAUCCUAAAGCAAACCGAAGAUGUGUUGAAUGAUUUCGUGGCUGAGAUUGAGAUCAUCACAACAUUGCACCAUAAGAACAUUAUCUCCCUCUUAGGCUUUUGCUUUGAAGACAACAACCUCUUGCUUGUAUACAAUUAUCUCUCAAGAGGAAGCCUUGAAGAGAACCUUCACGGAAACAAGAAAGAUCCGGUCGCGUUUCGUUGGAGCGAGAGAUAUAAAGUAGCUGUGGGAGUGGCUGAGGCAUUAGACUAUCUGCAUAACAGUGCUUCGCAACCAGUCAUCCACAGAGAUGUUAAGUCAUCAAACAUACUAUUAUCUGAUAAAUUUGAGCCACAGCUUUCUGAUUUUGGGCUUGCGAGGUGGGCAUCUAUAUCUACAACUCACAUAAUCUGCUCUGAUGUCGCUGGAACCUUUGGCUACAUGGCUCCAGAGUACUUCAUGUACGGUAAAGUGAAUGAUAAGAUAGAUGUGUAUGCGUUCGGUGUUGUUCUUCUUGAGCUUCUUUCCGGAAGAAAACCGAUUAGCAGCGGAUGUCCAAAGGGACAAGAGAGUCUAGUCUUGUGGGCCAAACCAUUUCUUGAUGAUGGAAAGUAUUCUCAGUUGUUAGACUCGAGUUUGCGGGAUAACAACGACAAUGACGAUGACCAAAUGCAGAGGAUGGCGUUAGCUGCUACACUUUGUAUCCGACGUAGCCCUCAAGCUAGACCGAAAAUGAGCAUUGUCUUGAAGCUACUCAAAGGAGAUGAAGAGACGCUCAAGUGGGCAGUGCAACAAGUUAGUAGCUGUUCAUCAGAUGAAUCAGAGAUGCUAAAGGACGAGCAAUGUCAAAGAUCAAACUUGCAGUCACACCUUAACGUAGCGCUUACUGAUGUUGAAGACGACUCUAUCUCCAUGGGAAGCAUUGAGCAAGGCGUCUCUGUUGAGGAUUAUCUUAAAGGCAGGACAAGCCGUUCUUCGAGCUUCGACUAA